ACAACAACAACAUGGUAAUCGACAUAAAGAUGAACAAAAAUGUAACAAAAACAAUUGUUAUUGUUAUGAUGGCUGUAAACAACCACCACUACCGCCACAGCAACAGCAACAAUCAUCAUCUUCAUCUUCUUCAUCUUGGCGAAAAAAAUGUCGAAAAAAUUUUUAUUUUUAUCUUACAAUCAUUAUAAUGAUAAUAAUAAAUACAUUAUACAUUCGAUUCGUUGCAUUAGAAUUGAUCAAAUCCAUUGGCAUUGGUGUAUUGAUUAUAUCGCAGAUUUUAUUUGCACAAAUUCUGUCAUAUUUAACGGCAACAGCAUGUACAGAUCCUGGCAUUAUACCACGUGCACAAGGUUAUGAAGCAAUAUCCGUACAAAAAGAGAUACGUAAAUUAUUAUUAUCAUCAUCAACAACGGCUAAAUCGAAUUCAAAAAAAUCGAUAAAAAAACAAAAUUCACCACGUAGUUUUUCUCAUUCACCAUAUGGAAAAUUAUCAACAAUAUGGAAUGUGAAUAAAAAUCGUUUCAAAAUGAUUACCAAACCAUUGAUUAUAAAUGAACAAUUUUUUCGACAAAAAUAUUGUUAUACAUGCCAUUUUUUUCGUCCACCACGUUCAUCACAUUGUUCCGUAUGUAAUCAAUGUAUUGAACGUUUUGAUCAUCAUUGUCCUUGGGUUGGUAAUUGUGUUGGUAAACGAAAUUAUCGGUCAUUUUAUUUUUUUCUAUUAUCACUUUCGGCAUACGGUAUAUUUACAAGUGCCAAUGAAAUUGCUUUCAUUUUUAUUGAACACCAAAAAAUUCCUUCAUUUCUUGUCAUAUUUCGACUAUCACCAGUUGUAUUGGCAUUAUUAUCGAUCAAUAUAAUGAUUAUAUGGUCAAUUUUAGGCUUGUUAGGCUUUCAUACAUAUCUGUUGGUGACCAAUAUGACCACCAAUGAAGAUAUCAAACAAACAUUUGUUGGACGUCAACAAAUAGAACAAACAAAAUCAUAUGACAUUGAAUCAGGUUCAGGUGAAUCGAUUGAAAAUCCUUUUAGCGAUGGUUCAGCAUAUGGUAAUUGUACAAGAACAUUAUGUUCAUCUCGUUCGACGACAUAUAUUAUUUGAAAUGAAUAACAAAACAAAACCACCACCAGCAACCACAAGCAACAACAAGAAACAUUUGAUUGAAUUAUAAAAAUGAAAUUUUUUUUAUUUUUUUUUACAAAAUGAUAUUUAUAUACACAAGUAAUGAUUCAAAGAGAUGACUAAAAUAAUCUGACAAAAUAAAAUAACGAUGACGAUGAUGAUGAUUUGACAUUGAAUUUGUUUGUCUUGUUUGUUUUCGUUCUUGAGUGUGCACAAUGUUGUUCAUAUAUAUAAAUAAAAUAUAAUAAGAAAAAGUUUACAUUUGUACAAAAUCGACCUGUUGUUGUUGUUGUUGUUGUCGAGGUUUAGAUUUUUUUUUUUAGCAGCCAAAAUACAACAUUGAGAUAUUUGUUUCUUGUUCCGUUUGGUUUGUUGUUUUGACCAGUGAAACGUGAAACCAUGAUGAUGCGAAAAAAAUGGACAAUGAAAUAAAAAAAAAAGCCAAAGAAUGAAAUGAAAGGAUUCGAAAGAAGAAGAAGAAAAAAUCCCUAUAACAACAACAGGUAUAAUGGUAAAUUGUUCAUCACAGAUUUUUUUCGAAAAAAAAAAAAAGAAAAGAAACAUUUUCAAUGGAAAAAAGUCUCUAUUCAUCAU